UUGCAGGAACUCGCAAGGCUCGAGGAUCAGGUGCUCGGCACUUCAGCGCCACCAACGUCCACCGCUCCGUUGUCCUGUUCCGUUGAUCUGCCGGCAACGGACACCAUUGUCGAGGCGGCUCUAUCACCGGACAAUGCAGGCUCCCUGUUGUCGGUGCAGUCAGCACCCCCCGAGCAGAGGACCCUCCCACCGGAGCAGAGGGAGCGCCCGGCGAGCCUGUUACUCGAACUACCGUUAGCCACUCAAGUGGGCGCCUAUCUGUCAGCGAUGUCACCAACGGAGCAGGAGGAGGACUCCUUGCUGACUCUGUCCUCCGUGACAGCGCGCCCUCUGCUGGCCGCGUCAAGGAACCUUCGCCCGCGUCCCGACUCCACUGACAUUCCGACAGACGGCGGAUACGGUUGGGUGGUGGUGUUCGGCGCUUUCAUGGUCCAGUUCUGGGUGGCUGGGCUCUUCAAGUCGUAUGGUGUUCUGUAUGUGGAGAUCAUGGAAACCUUCCCGGACUCCUCCGAGUCCGUAGCCUCGUGGAUACCGGCCGCGCUGUCGACAUUGUGCUUGGCGCUUGCACCACUGUCCUCCGCUCUCUGCGAGAAGUACUCGUGCAGACUUGUGGUCUUCAUCGGGGGUCUAUUCUGCGCCACUGGACUCGCCCUGUCAUACUUCAGCACCGGUUUAUUGCAUUUAUUGCUCAGUUUCGGCGUUAUGACUGGAAUCGGUGGCGGUCUAUCUACGACUCCUGGUAUCGUCAUUGUGUCUCAAUACUUCGACAAGCACAGAGCAUUGGCGAAUGGCAUUUGCGUGAGCGGGACAGCGGCCGGUAGCUUCGUGUUUCCGAUGCUAAUAGAGAAGUUGGUUGAUACGUACGGACUCCACGGGACUGUAUUGCUUUUAGGCGGGGGAAUGUUACACGUGUGCGUGUCGGCCACUCUGUACCGACCGCCCCCCACUCCGAGGACGGUUACCCCAGUGACGACCACCACCACCGAGAACACGACUUUGUUGCAUGAUAUACAGGAAGGUAAAGCUGACCCGAGCAAGGACAAUAAGCUGCAGAAUCUGUUCCAUACGGAAACGGAGCUGAAACUCAACCAGAAGAAUACGCUACUCAGCGAGGACUUGAAGCAAACAAACUUGCUAACGGAGAUCAUUCACCCGAGUCUAAUUGAAGUAACGCGGCCAACGCUGCCAUCACAGAUGUCAGACUCAGAGGAUUCCGAGGGUUUGGACGUUUUGGGUGUAGUUGGGUUGCCAAGAGAAGUGGCGCGACUCCGUCUCCGGCCCACCAGGUCUUCAUCGAUCCUUCACUCCGUUGAAGAUCUGUCCACCGACAGUACUUGCGUAUAUAAAGCAAGCCGGAGGAAACUUAGUCGAUCUUUGUAUAUCCGACCACCCUUACCAAGCCGGAUCGUGCAAAGCAAGUUGGCGGAACCGGUGACCGACACGAAGCAGGAGGAGGAGGUGCAAAAGGAAGAGAACACGGAAGUUGUAGUGGAGAAGAAAAAUGGAUGCGUUGAUAAAAUUUCAAGAUAUCUGGACGUGUCCUUACUGAAGUCAUGGAGAUUCGGUUUGCUGUGCGCUUCGGUGGCGCUGAUGUCGUGUGGGUCUCCUUACGCUUUGUACUACUUGCCCGCGUACACCGUCGCCGCUGGACACAGCAAGUCGGCCGCUGGUCACCUGGUAGCUAUUAGCGCCGUGCUAGAUCUUUGUGGUCGCCUCGGUCUAGGCUGGCUCUGUGACCUACAUCUAUUCUGCAGGAGGAAAGCGUAUAUUCUCAGUAUUCUGGUGGCCGGAGCCGCAGUCCUGACUCUACCCAGCUUAACAUCGUGGUGGGCUUUGGCAAUCGCUUCAGGAGCUUACGGACUGUGCCUGGGCUGCUGGUUCCUCUUGGUUCCGGUGCUGUUAGCCGACGCGUUCGGAACAGCACGGAUCGCGUCCUCGUACGGGCUCGUAAGGAUGUUCCAGAGUUUGGCUGCUGUUUCUGUACCACCGACUGCUGGCAUGGUGCGAGACAUCACCGGCGGCUACUCGUGGUGCUUCUAUGGAAUGGGUUCUUGCAUGGUGUUGGGUUCGAUCCCAGUUAUAGCUUUUCAUAUCACCACCAAAAACGAAGAUAACGAGUCUUCUGUCGAUUGA